ACUCCCCGCCGGGCGCGCUCGGGCGCGGCGGCGCGGCGGGCCGCGCGCCGGACCCAGCCCCCAAACUUUGGCAAGUGCGGGCGCCGGCGCUCCCGAGGCGCGGGGCGCGGCCGCGGCGGAGCCGCCCCCUGACGCCGCCGCCCUCCCGCCGGCGCCCGCGGCCGGGCGCAAAGUUUGCGGCCGCCCCUGCGCCGCGCCCGCCCGAUGCAUGGGCGCCAGGCUGCGGCGGCGCCGGUGACGGACGGCCAUAUUUGCCGGCGCGGCCCGAGCCGCCGACAACAAAAAGUGCGCGGCGCUCGGCGGCGCUCGGCCGCCGGCGGACGCGGGGCGCCGCGCGCGCCGCGCUCGCCGCGCCGCCGCGCCCUCGCGCUGGCCGCUGCGCCCGGCGCGCCCGCCGCCCGGGGGGAUGUCGUACAAGCCGAACUUGGCCGCGCACAUGCCCGCCGCCGCCCUCAACGCCGCUGGGAGCGUCCACUCGCCUUCCACCAGCAUGGCGACCUCCUCACAGUACCGCCAGCUGCUGAGUGACUACGGGCCACCGUCCCUAGGCUACACCCAGGGAACCGGGAGCAGCCAGGUGCCCCAGAGCAAGUACGCGGAGCUGCUGGCCAUCAUCGAGGAGCUGGGGAAAGAGAUCAGACCCACCUAUGCGGGGAGCAAGAGCGCCAUGGAGAGGCUGAAACGCGGCAUUAUUCACGCUAGAGGACUGGUUCGGGAGUGCUUGGCCGAGACGGAACGGAAUGCCAGAUCCUAGCCACCCGGUUGGUUUUGAAGGCUUUCCAUCUUUUUACAAGAUGAGAAGUGACAGUCCAUCUCCCCUGUUCAGACGAAACUCUUGUUUUCCAAAUGGUAGCAGUUUGGUUUUUCCUCCCACGGUUCACCUGACUCUGAACCUGCAGCCUCAAAGAUUGAGAAAAGAUUUUGCGGUUAAUUAGGAUUUGCAUUUUAAGUAGUUAGGAAUUACCCUCUUUUUUUUUUUUUUUUUUGGUAAGCAUUGAUUUAAAAGAUGCACGUGAAGUUAUCGUACAGCAAACUAGUUUGCCCCCAAGACACCUGGGUCUCCCUUUAAUCUUCUCUUCUGAGAACAUUUCUGUUACCCACGUUGUUCUGUGUUCCUUUUCAUAAGCUAAUACAGCUCUCGGGAUCGUUUUUAACACACACUGGCAGCACGCCUUCCUCAGUAGCUGGUCCGUUUGCCACACAGUGUAGAAUCUGCUUAAUGUAACUUCUUUUCUGCUUAAGCAUUUGCAUGACUAUUAGUGCUUCAAAGUCAAUUUUAAAAAUGCACAAGUUAUAAAUACAGAAGAAAGAGCAACCUACCAAACCUAACAAGGACCCCCGAAAAUUUUCGUACUAAGACUGUAAGUAGAUUUCAGUUCUGCGUUUACUGUAAGUUGAUAAAAACAUCUGGAAGAAAAUGACUAAACUGUUUGCAUCUUUGUAUGUAUUUAUUACUUGAUGUAAUAAAGCUUAUUUUCAUUAACAAUUUGUAUUAAAA